UGUAUAUAUAUUUUCAAAACUGUUUUGCUUUGCCUUCAAACAGGCUUUUCCUGCCUGGAGGAAUGCUUCAUUAAGAGGUACGUAAUUCUUGUAAACAUCACAGUCUCAAGCAUGAUCAGUGCAGAUAAAGGUCCAAACGGGAAUUCGGCAAACCACUUCCGCCUGCUCAUUUAUUUCUGAGUGCGUUGCAACCAGUCCGCGCCGUUUGGUGUGACAGCUGGAAAAUGGACAUCGGCACUGUCAAUUAUGGAAGAAUUUUUAUGUGUUUAUUUGUGAAAGAAGGCAGGACAAGACGGGAGGAGUUUCGAGGCUUAAAAUGACAUGGGCAUGUGAAAGAUCUUUGGAAUAGGAAGCGUUGUAAACUGCACAUGAGGAAUAUGAAACCGCCAGAAUGAAAGCGUGAGACAGAUCCACUUGCUCGCAGAGAACCCACCGGCAAGUGUCAGACUGCCGCCGUCAUGGGGGAAUGGAGUUUUCUCAGCGGACUCUUUGACCACCUGCAGGCCCACUCGCCCAUGCUGGGCCGCUUCUGGCUCCUGCUGAUGCUGGUCUUUCGGAUCCUGAUCCUGGGAACGGUGGCCAGCGACAUGUUUGAAGAUGAACAGGAGGAAUUUGCCUGCAACACGCUGCAGCCCGGCUGCAAGCAGGUGUGCUACGACCAGGCCUUCCCCAUCUCCCAGUACCGCUUCUGGGUCUUUCACAUUGUCCUCAUCGCCACGCCGUCGCUGCUUUUUCUCAUGUACGCCAUGCAUCAUCACAACAAGAGAACCAGCGCUUCCAAGGCGCCUCGAGACUACAGGGAAACCCGGCAGUUGAGGCGGCUCUACAUAGUCCACGUGGCCUUUCGGUUGUUCGCCGAAGUCUCCUUUCUCGUCGGGCAGUGGUGGCUUUAUGGCUUCAAGGUGGAGGCCCAGUAUCCCUGCGACCGCUUCCCUUGUCCCUACACCGUGGACUGCUUCACCUCACGGCCAGCUGAGAAAACCGUCUUUCUCUGUUUCUACUUCACCGUCGGGGUCUUGUCUGCCAUUUCCAGUUGCGUGGAACUUCUCUACAGUUCCACCAAGUGGUUCUGUUGCAAACGACGGCAUUCCAGUGACCCGAGCGCCCGCAGCUACAAGUCAGGGGAGCUGCCGGAGAUGCGUUUGCAAACAAGCGUGGCGAGCAGCGGGAAGACCAGGAGGAGUUCACACAAGAGCGACAGGAAGGGUGCCAGGCCUCCUCACAGGAACGGUAAACAUGUCAACGACAAGACUUUCGUGGUGUGACAGCCUUUUUUGGAACACAAUCAACUCUCACUGAGUCAUAAGGAAGUACAACAAAAACAAAACUGGUUGAUUUAGCCGUCGUCAGUCACCGCUCACCAAACUUGACGUGGAUCACAUUGGACACCGGAGGUGGCAAAAGUACUCAGUCGGUGGGUAACUCAUUCACUGCCACUGACGGCUGUAAAUGUCAAAGAUCCAUUUUAAACUGGGCUGGCAGUGAACGGGCCACAAUUUACAAACAUGUUUUUUUUUUCCUUUCCUUCCUCAGUAGUCACGGUUGACAAAUGCGCUAAUGACAAGUACAAUUGAAUGAAAACCUGCAUGUGAGGAGACUGUUUGAAUCCAA